AUGGCGAUCACAGAGGAGCGACCAAAACUCAUAGUAGGUGUUGACUUCGGAACAACCUUCAGCGGUGUUGCCUGGGGAUUGGAAGACUGCCCUGAUGAUAUUGAGCUCAUUCAGACAUGGCCAGGUGGUGGCAACAUCACAAGCCAGAAAGUCCCAACCCUAUGUUCCUAUGACGGCGAGCGCAUGCAAUGGGGUUAUCAGACUAACCAGUCUACCCAUCCGGGCAAGCAGGAGCGGCUCAUCCAAGGAGUCAAGCUUUUGCUAGAUGAAAGUCAGAAAUUCCGCUACGCACCUGCUAGUGACUCUCAAAAAAUUAUCAAAGACCUGAAUAAAACGCCGGUGAGGGUUGCUGGCGACUACAUGGAAAAAUUAGUCACCCACGCUCAGGAAGUCUUGAGACGUCGCUUUGGAACAGCGCUGCAAACGAUGGACUUGGAAUACAUCCUUACUGUCCCCGCUGUGUGGUCCGAUAAAGCCAAAGAUCUUACUAUGCAGGCAGCACACCAAGCUGGUAUACCUCCAGCAAGUUUGAAACUCUUGUCGGAACCGGAGGCGGCUGCGGUGUGUGCAAUUCGAACAAUUCAACCAAAUACAAUCUCGGAAGGGGACUGCUUGGUUGUAUGUGAUGCUGGGGGUGGAACGGUCGAUAUAAUUACCUAUCGUGUCAAGGAAACCGACCCGUUGAGAUUUGUGGAAGCUACGAAGGGAACUGGUGCUGUUUGUGGCUCAGUGAUGUUGGACGAGAGAUUCGACGCACUUAUCAAAAACAUCAUUGAGAAGCAGUCUCAUCAAUUGAUUCCCCAGUCUACAGCAAGGGCUGCAAGAAGGUACUGGCACGACUACAUCAAGCCUGGCUAUACAGGUCCUCUCGAAGACGAUGAGAUGUGUGAGCUAGGAUAUUGGAUCCCGGUUCCUGGAGUUUCGGGGAUCUCGAACAUCGACCUUAGUGAGGGGCACUUAUAUCUAGACAGAGACCAAGUGAAAGGAAUUUUCGAUCCUAUCGUUCGACAGAUUGAGAAACUCGUCGCCGAGCAGAGAAAAAGCGUCAAGGCUGCAGGUUUUGCAACCAAGACUAUUAUUCUGGUCGGAGGCCUUGGUGCCUCGGGGUAUCUCUUCAAGCACCUACAGGCUGCUUCCGACGGCCUCCAAAUCAUGCAGCCUCCAAACGCGUGGUCUGCUGUUGCUCGUGGCGCUGUUAUUCGUGGACAAAAAGGCAACCAAGUAGAGAGUCGCAUUGCCCGACGCAGUUACGGCUUUAAUGUGAAAGUCACGUUUGAUCCAAAAAAGCACCGCGCAGACGAAACCCUCCAUUGGUGUUCAUAUGAAGAGGAAUGGAAAUUGCAUGACCGUAUGACAUGUGACCAUUCCUUCGAAGUUUUGACUGCUUACCUGACGGACUUUGAGGGAAACCCCGUGGCCGAGAGUAAGCCGAUAAGGAUGAGCUUCUACCGUGUGGUCGGCGUUUGUAACCCCCUAGUAUUUCACGACUCAUUGCGGUUUUGCCAGGCGAACAAAGCUCCCGAAAUAAUGGAUUCCAGCGUCGCGAAACUGUGUGAGCUGGAGUCAGAUCUCAGCAGAAUCCCGAGAGAGCUUUUUACUAAGAAAACGAACUCCAAAGGGGAACAAUAUUACCACAUCAACUAUGAAUUGGUUCUAACGCCAACUUCCGCAUCGUUGUUGCUUGACCUACAAUUCAAUGGUGUCUCCUAUGGGAGCGUGAAAUCUCGCUAUUGA